CUUUCUUCAACACCAACAUCUCUCUCCCACUCACCAGAAAACUCACUCCUACUUCAGAUUCUCCAAACCUAAUUGAAAAUGGCGAAAGGAGGUAACAAACUGAUGAAGCUAAAGUCUGUUUUGAAGAAGUUCAACUCGUUCAACACCAAACCAAACCAGCAACCGGCUCCGACCAAUCACGCUCGUUCCUCCGCCGUGAGUGCAUUUCCCUCAGGAGACCUUCACACCGUAUACGUCGGAAGGACACGUCGUCCGUACUACGUGAGCUCCGACGUCGUAAGCCACCCGCUCUUUCAGGAGCUAGCGGCGGUGGAUGGUGGAUGUGGCGGCGAGGACGGUGCGAUCGCAGUGUCGUGCGAGGUUGUCUUGUUUGAGCAUUUGCUUUGGAUGCUCGAGAACGCCGAUGCCGAUGAGUCACGCCCCGAGUCGGUCCACGAACUUGUCGAGUUCUACGCUUAUUAACUUACGAUUAGUUUAGGUGCAAAUAUAUAUAUGAUUAAUGAUUUAUGUCUGUAUAUUAUAUACUUUUAUACUUUACACAGUCUUUUUUAAAAUAUUUCUUCUUCAUUUAAGUGAUACAACAACCAAUAAAUAAAUAUUUCAAUAUGUAAACAUUGAGUUGCAGUUUGUAAUAUAAAAAUAUUUUUAUA